UCCAUUCCAACAAGGUAGAGCGGCCAAAGCCAACCCACGUCUGGCCGGUCGUUCCGUUCCGCUACUGCUAUAUGUGUGUGAGCGCAGCGAGCUAACGAGGAUUGUGUGAGUCCUCGCCAAGGAUUAGUGGAGUUGGUUUGUCCUCAGUAGAUAGUGUCGCGGCAGCUGCAGUUACAUCAAAGGCUUUAGCUCGCUCUUCCAGGUCACAUCAACGCGAACGUUGCUGGAUAGUAACGGUUUGAUAUCCCUCUCUACUGUAAUAGCUGCUGCAGAUUCGCCUUUUCGUCGCAAAGGCUACAUUUUUCCGAACGGACUUAUAAAUGUCGGACCUCAUCGGAAUGAUGCACUGAAGAAAGACUAGGCUACAUGCAAGCGUCUGUUCAGAGGCUGCAGUAUAGCUGAGCGAUUGCGGCACACUGUUGACGUUUUUUUUACGGUUCCACAGUCUAACAUCAGUGGUUGUCUGUAAAGGGAGAAUCGUGAAUUUCGAUCGCCCUGCGCUCGGCGAAAACAUAAUGGCCACUCUACUGCGGAAAAUCGGUCUGAUUCGUCUUCACGACCGGGACACAGAGGACCCCAAGCAUCACCAGGGCUCACUAAAGGGGACCAAGGGGAACACGAAGAGCACUAAGCAGCACUGUCAGACCACCAACGAGACGAACAACAUCCUCAGCACCCCCGAGAUCAAAGCGAAGAAGCUGGACCAGCACAACAGCAAUGACAAACCGUCCGUAAAGGAUAAGCAACAGGGCAAGGACGCCAAUGAGAAACAGCAGAUGGGAGGCGGAGGAGGAGGUGGGAUCGGGGUUGGAAAAUCAGCGACCAGUGCCUCAAUACCACCACUAGCCCCUCACCGGCAGCACUGCACCCAAGUCCGGACGAGGAGACUUAUGAAGGAACUCCAGGAGAUCCGGCGGUUGGGAGACAACUUUAUAACGGUCGAGCUGGUCGAUGACAAUCUAUUUGACUGGAACGUCAAGCUCCACCAGGUGGACAAAGACUCGGCGCUGUGGCAGGACAUGAAAGAAACAAACACCGAGUUCAUUCUGCUGAAUGUCUCUUUCCCCGACAAUUUCCCCUUCUCUCCGCCAUUCAUGCGGGUGCUCACCCCCCGGUUGGAAAACGGGUACGUUCUGGACGGUGGAGCGAUAUGUAUGGAGUUGUUAACCCCCCGCGGAUGGUCCAGCGCCUACACAGUGGAAGCCGUGAUGAGACAAUUUGCGGCAAGUCUGGUAAAAGGACAGGGGCGUAUCUGCAGAAAAUCAGGGAAGUCCAAGAAGGCGUUUAGCCGCAAAGAGGCGGAGGCCACCUUUAAGAGUCUGGUGAAGACCCACGAGAAGUACGGCUGGGUCUCGCCCCCUGUGUCUGACGGCUGAGGUGACGGGCCGGCCAUGACGCUAGCUAGCCAUGCUAACCAUGACACACCACGCUAACUCGACUCCUCCUCCUUGACCAUACCACUCCACCGCUCCAGUUGUUUUCGGUUGCUUUGGGUUUUUUCUUGUUGUUGUCUUCAUCAGCUCACUGAGACUUCAGAAGGAACAAAUAAAGGAACGCUCGCCUACUUCGUCUUCACUUUGCCGAUAAUCGUCAUAAUUCGUCAUCAUCAAGCCUCCCUCCUGCGCUGCACUCCUCCCUCCCUCCCUCCUCUCUCUCUGCGUUCAUCCCUCCUUCGGCUGAGUAGAAGGUUCUGCGGGAUGUGCGUGAACUGACUUAUUCAGGAAAGUGUGUGUGUGUGUGUGUGUGUGUCAGCGGAGUGUUUGUCACAGCGGUUGAUGGAUUGGGUUUCCGACACACGCACACACACACCAACCACACACACACACUGACUGUGUGGGGAUCUGUGGAAAGACUGUGAAAGACUACUGAGAAGAGGGAGAUGUAUCACCUCUCCUCUUUUGUCCCACCCUCCCAUCUCACCUUCCUUCCUCUCCUCUUUUGUCCCACCCUCCCAUCUCACCUUCCUUCCUCUCCUCUUUUGUCCCACCCUCCCAUCUCACCUUCCUUCCUCUUAUCCCUCAUCGCUCUCUCUAAGCUGACACUACAAUGCACUGAACUGAAGUCCAUCCAGUCUGCCUGAUCAUUUAAAUCCUGACCAGGCUGUUGAUGUUUAAUAGACAGGCAGUGCAGGACGGCAGCUCAUGCAUUCACCCCUUCUUUUUUGUUUGAUUCUUCUCUCCUCUGUUCUUUUCUUUUGACUGUUCUUUUCUUUUUCACAGUUCAAUGCAACAUGAAGAUUGUAAUGUAUGUUAGAGCUGUGCUCUCUCUCCAUCUCGCUUUCUAUUGUUAAUUCUCCUCUCUCUCUCUUUGUGGCUAAAUUUAGACCUCAGUGUGUUGCGUAGACGGUUAUUGAUUUCUAACGAGAAAGAAAAUCACUUGCUUUAUAUGCAGAGACUGUACGAUUAAUAGAAUGACAGUCAACCACAGCAAUCGCUCUCCUCUCUCUCUUGCUCUCUCUCUCUCUCUCUCUCUCUCUCUCACUGUCUCUCUCUCUCUCCCCUAUCUCUCUCUCUCUCUGGUCACAUUAUCAUGUAUAGAUGAUUUAGGUACCAGAUGGUCAAGCUAAUAAUCAGGCCCCUGAAAGGUGUGUGCAUUGGCACAUCACAUGCACACUCAGCAUUUAGCGUUGGCUCGCGCACACACACACCUGCCAGUGUGGCUGUGUGUGAUGAUAACACCCCUAAAUUAGGAUGGACAGAGCAGAACUCUGGCGAGGAUGGAGUGGUGGAAUAAUAAACAAGUGCCCUCUGAGAGAUGACUGUGUCUCAGUGAGCUCCUGAUUAAUGUUUGGAG